AUGCAGUGUUAUCCAAAGUUGUCGCCCAAGCGCGAGCCAAUGGAUCCUUACGAGAUGGAGAUGAUGGGUGGCGGGAGACGGCUGGAACUCCCGGCGCCACCUGGCAAGGAAUUUCGAGCGCCGUGUCUGAUGCCGCCAGCGCCACCGCCGCCUGUUCAGUCGGUCAUCCAGUGCAUGCGACCUCCUCCGCCACCGCCGCCACCACCGCGUAUCCACAAGCCUUCGCUCUUCGAAGAGCCGUCCAGCUCCAUUCCUGAUUUAGUUUUCAAAUUAACCGAAUGGAAAGAUAACCCAAUAGACAAAUAUUGGGAACCAUAUAGUGCGGAAUCAAUGCAACUCAACAAAUGA